AUGGAGCAAAUUUCAGAAGGUUUAGAGGUGAAUGUUUCCGAUCAGAGAAAAGGAAACUCUGGAAGAAAGCCAAAGAACAUCAAUUUAGAGCAAAUCCCUACUAUUCCACUAAACAAGAGGUCCACUAUCAGAUCUCUAGCUUGGCAACUGGGAUGUAGCCCUACCACACUGCGUAGAAACUUCAAGCUAAAUUUGAUAAAGAGGCACACAAACUAUGUGAAGCCAGCUCUGAAGGAAAAGAAUAAGAAGGAUAGGAUGGAAUUUUGCAUGUCAAUGCUUGAUGAGACAACGAUAGAAACUUCAAGGCCUAAAUGGAAGACAAUGCAUAAUGUUGUGCACAUUGAUGAGAAAUGGUUCAAUAUGACCAAGAAAAAUAAGACCUACUAUCUGUUGGAUGGGGAGGAGGAGCCUACGAGGCCUAUACAUGGCAACUGCAUUGGCAAGGUGAUGUUCUUGACGGCCGUUGCUAGGCCAAGGUGGGAUCGUGAAGGAAACGUGACCUUCUCUGGGAAAAUCGGUAUCUGGCCAUUCGUGAAAGAAGUUCCUGCUCAGAGGAGAAGUGAUAACAGGCCCAGAGGUACAAUAGAGACAAAGUCAAUAAAGGUGGACAGAAAAGUGAUGAGGGAGUUCCUAAUAGAGAAGGUCUUGCCAGCGAUACAAGCAGUUUGGCCUGAAAGUGAUGCUGGACAGACCAUCUACAUUCAACAGGAUAAUGCUAAGCCCCAUAUCUUGCCAAAUGACCCAGAAUUUAUAGCGGUUGUCGCAAAAACUAGACUUGACAUCAGAAUAAUACAACAACCUGCCAACAGUCCUGAUUUGAAUAUGCUUGACCUUGGGUUUUUCAACUCGCUGCAAUCCUGA